CCACGAGCCGUCAGAUGGGGGUUUGUCAGCGUGCUCGUUCACCUACCUGAGCGCGCCAGUCAGUGAAACUAGCCUGGACUUGUGGCUGGCGAGAAAGCAAGGAAAAUCCAAAUCAACGUAAAUGGCAGAGUGGAACGCAUACUAUCGGAAUGAGGAUGAUGAGGAAGAGCAAGAUGAAGCAGAACAGUCUGGAGGAGAAUACAGAAUCACAGGAAGAGACAGUCUUGUGUUGUUAGUUGAUGCCUCCAAGGAAAUGUUCAUCAAAGGAGAAGAUGGGCAGCCCUCAAACUUUGACAUGACCAUGCAGGUUGUGCGCAGUGUGUAUACCAGUAAGAUCAUCAGUAGUCACAGGGACCUUGUUGCUCUGGUUUUCUACGGCACAGAGCAGAGCAAAAACCCCAGGAACUCAUUCAAACACGUUUAUGUGUACCAUGAUCUGGAUGAACCCGGUGCAAAACGAGUGCAGGAUGUGGAUGCUCUGCGGGGGGGGAAAGGCGCCCAGUUAGCAGCAGAAACAAUGGGCAGCGGAGAGACAUCCUUAGGUGAUGCCCUGUGGUGCUGUGCCAACCUCUACAGUGACAUCAAGCUUCGCCUUUCACACAAGCGGCUGAUGAUUUUCACCUGCAGGGACCAACCACACAGUGGCGACAGCGUGAAGGACCGACAGGCCCGCACCAAAGCCAGUGACCUCAAGGAAACCGGUGUUGUUAUUGAUCUGAUGCACCUGAUGAAACCAGGGGGCUUUGAUGUCUCCCUCUUCUUUCGUGACGUGUUAAGUUCACCUGAGGAUGAGAGCGAACUUGGGCUUCAGCUGAAGCCUUGUGAGAAACUAGAAGACCUCCAGAAGAGGGUGUGGGCCAAAGAGCAGAAGAAAAGAGCCUUGGCCAGGUUAAGUUUAUGUCUGGGUGAGGGCUUGAACGUAGCCGUUGGACUUUAUGCACCUGCCGUGUCAGCUCGAAAACCAGCUCCCAUCAGACUUUACAGGGAAUCUAAUGAACCGGUCCGUAGCAAAACCCGGAUCUUCCACACCCAGACUGGCAGUCUGCUGCUGCCCAGUGAAAUAAAGAAAGCCCAGGUGUAUGGUAAGAGGCAGAUUGUGAUGGAGAGGGAUGAGGUGGACGCCAUCAAGAAGUUUGAAGACCCGGGACUGUUUCUGAUUGGAUUCAAACCGAUGGAGAAGCUCAAACUGUAUCAUCACAUUAGGGCUUCCAUCUUCCUCUAUCCUGAGGAAGAUGAGGUUAAAGGCAGCGCAUGUCUGUUUUCUGCCUUGAUGAAAAAGUGUAGCGAGAGGAACGUCUUCGCUCUGUGCCGCUGCAUCGCCCGCCGAAACUACCCACCUCGAUUUGUUGCCUUGGUGCCACAGAACGAAGAGUUGGAUGAUGGGAAAGUACAGAUAACACCACCAGGUUUCAAUGUCAUCUACCUGCCAUAUGCUGACGACAUCCGAACUCUCGAUACUCCUCGAUGUCCGUAUGCCUCACAAACACAGGUGGAUAAGAUGAAAGAGAUCGUCUCUAAGCUCCGCUUCAAAUACAAGAGUGAUGCAUUCGAGAACCCAGUCCUCCAGCAGCAUUACAGGAACCUGGAGGCCCUGGCUCUGGAUAUGAUGGCUCCAGAGGACAUAGAGGAUCUCAUCAUGCCAAAAGUGGAGCAGAUUGACCAGCGUCUGGGUCCUUUGGUUGAAGAGUUUAAAGAUCUGGUCUACCCUGCCAACUACAAUCCAGAAGUUAAACCAGCUCCUAAACGCAAAGCAGCUGAUUCAGGAGGUGGAGCUGAGAAGAAGCCUAAAGUGGAGGUGACAGACGACGAUCUGAGGGCCCAUGCGCAGAACGGCACCCUGGGAAAGCUGACCGUGCCUGUGCUGAAGGAGGCCUGUAAGCAGUUUGGUGUUCGGACAACUGGCACCAAAAAGCAGGAGUUAAUAGAUGCUCUGAUGAGUCGACUGGGCCCAUGAGGGACUGUAUCACACACUUUUCACAAACCCUAGAUCUGGUAGAUUUUUUUUACUUGUUUAAAAAGUAACUUGCUCUCAUUUGGGGGUUCUGUGCUCAUAUUAACCUCACAACAUGGCCUAUUUAGAGACACAUCAGGCACUGUUUAGUGUGCAACCAAAGAAGCCUUCUGUUCAGCUGAGUUAGGUUCAGUGAAACUCGACUCUAACAUUAGCAGACAGUGUGUCAGUCCCACUUUGCAUUAAUGGUUGAAGGUGAGAAAAUACAUUGAAAGUUCCUUGUGUUCAAAAACUGGUCUCUGUAUUUGUAACAUGCUUGUAAAAUGAAAAACAACAACUAGCGAUCACGUAUGUUCAUAAUAAUUUUCAUUAAUAAAAACUUUUUAUAGC